GGCCUACACAAGCUACAAUGCGAGCUAGAUAAACACAAAGGUAAAAGGGGUUUGCAUAUACGAAAAGAACAACCGGCGAUUUUUAGUUAUAAAUCUUUACGACAUUUGCUCCAAAGCAUUGCAUCGAGACUAUGCUCCAUGAUCUUUCUGUUAUCGACUGAAAAAUCCUCCACCAGUGCAACAUGUCGUUUGCUUACUAAGCAAGUAUUGUUGAUAUCAGUUCAAAAGUAAACACAGAUUUUGUGUAAUCUGUGGAAUCCGUACCCGUUGGACAUGGAAACAGAUACGGUCAUUCCAAUUUGGCAGAAUAAACCGCACGGAUCUACGCGUAGCGUUGUGAGAAGAAUCGGCUCCACUCUGCCGCUUAGACCUUGCCAACGGGCAUGUUUUCAAGAGCUUCCCGGCCUGCCCCCUCUCAGACCCACAGACGGCCCCCUGGUGCCCACUCUGGCUGAUAUCGCUUGGAUCGCUGCUGACGAGGAAGAGACGUACGCCAGAGUGCGGAGUGACUCACGCCCGCUCAGGCACGAGUGGAGGCCGACGCCCCUGCUGGUGCUGCACAGGAACUCGUCCGUGCCCAACUUCCGGCGUGAGGGGAAGAAGGUGGAGGGGCUGAGGAAGCCGGGCGUGACGGCGCUGAACCGCACCACCGCCCUGCAGGACGAGCUGAGCCGCCUGCGCGCGCAGAUCGCCAAGAUCGUGGCCUCAGAGUCAGGCUCUAACCCCCUGACCCCUGACCUGCUCUCCCCUGACGACACCAGCAUCGGCUUCUCCAUGGCGCCCUUCGAGGCUCCGCCCUACCAGCCCACCGCCGCCUCCUUCGUCAUCAGCGACGUGACCGAGGAGGAAGAGGAGGAGGAGGAGGAAGAAGAAGAGGAGGUGGAGGAGGUGUCCGAGCUGGUGCCCGACCCUGUCCCUCCCGUCUCCAUGACGGCCUCUGCGACCUUCGACCUCGACCGGCCCACCAUGGAGUUCCGGGAGGCGGAGGAGGACACGGUGUCUCUGUCCAAGUCCACCAGCUUCGCCGACGUCAUGGACAUCCUGAAGGACAUGAACCGCAUGAAGAUGAGCAAGGACAGGUACAGCCGCGGCUGCACCUCCCUGCGGGACGAGGACUCGGCUUCGCUCAUCUCCGAGGCUCUGAGGAAGAAGUUCACCCUGAAGGACGAGGACAUCACCGGGAAGGACAAGUAGCUCCGCCCCCCACCCCGGUCCCUGUGGCCCCUCCCCUCCGCCCUCAUAGCAUUUUCCUCCGGACCACAUUCCCAUGGCGACUGACAGCAUCACUUCGUUGAAGGACAGCCGUGCCUUGGCGCCCCGUCUCCCCCAAACUGCGCCCCGCACCUCUGACCCCUGAACCGGACAGGGCCGGGGGCGUCACACAGGAAGCAGAACCGCUUCCUGUUUCCUGGCACCCGCACCGUUGUUCUCGCGCGCUCCUGAGGGGCUGGAAGCGGCUGUACAGGGCUUUCCUCCAGCCCCCCCCCCCCAAAACAUAGACACCCCUGCCCCCUCUCUGCUCCCCCCCCGUCUGCACCUGCCUGGCCACUGAGAUACGAUCAAAAACUGACAAGCUUGAACAUUAUGGGUUUCAUUUUUUUUUUUUUUUUGAGGGGGGGGGGGACUGUCGUUUCCCUUGCCUAAGUUAUGGACUUGUUUGAGCGCAACAUGCGUUCUCUUUCUUUGGGGGGGGGGGAGGAACAAUUUGUUUUGAUUGUAUAAUCAUUUUUAGUAUUAUUAUUAUUAUUAUUAUUAUUAUUAUUAUUAUUCUUCAUUAUUAUGGUUUGUUUGCUGGUAGUCAUUUUUGUUUUCAAUUUUCUCACCUUCCUGUUGUUGUUUUGGUAAAAGCAGAAUGUUCAUACUGUCCAAUAACACCUCACCGUGUAUUGUAUAGUGUGACAUCACAGCUCAGACUCCCUCCCCCCUGUGUGUACAAUGUGAACUGGCGCCUUCCUUGUGGCGAACAGGGGCGUUCAUUUUUUUGGCAUAUUUUUAUUUGUAUUAUAGCUUUAGUACAGUAGUUUUUUUUUUUUGACAAACCACUUUGUCAGCUGAGGUUGUAAAGGUUUCUGGGUAAACAGCAUCUCUGUUCCCUUCAUGCAUACUUCAGAAACAUUUGUUUUUAUUUUCUUACCCCCCCCCCCCCCUCCUCACUUGUGCUUCUAGAACUGCGAUGUCCUAGAAUAAAGUGGUCCAGAAAGAAGGCAGAUUCUAGGGCCACAAUGCAGGUCGUGACUGUCGAGAUGGUUUUGUUCUAACGCUGGGCACCAGAGGAGGUUGGGCGAAAACGCUAGCUCUUAGACGAUACUGCUGAUACCGCUAAUAAUGCUAGUUGUUUUAAAUUCCGGGAAAGGAUAACGUGUUUUUCUAGGAAAUUAAGAAAAUUAAUGCAUGUGAGGAGAGUGGUGGGCAACUAAUAUACCUCCUGUAAAGUGUGUGUGUGUGUUUGUGUGUCUGAGCUCUGUUGCUGUACUAUAGCUUCUCAAUUAAAGGACUAUCCACGCCAAGAACUAUGACUGUAUGCAACUAUAAAUAAGUUAUUUUAAACACUCAAGUCGAUAGCGGAGUCCACGCCACAACUAUAAUGACGCCAACAGUGACGAACGAUAUCGUUGCGAUCCCUUUCGGAGCGAUUAUUUUUUUCGCAGCUGCAUGAACGACAGAGACCCUGACAGCCAACGGAGAUCCAACCGAAUUUACAGGGCGCCGCGAUCAAUAUGGCAGUUGACGUAGCCGCGAGACAAUGUACCGACCGUUACAGUUCCUCCGCGCGGACGCUCGCAUCGUUACCGUUAUGGCGGUAGUGUUCUAGUUCUUGGAGCGGAUGGGGCUUUAAGGCCGUCUCCCAUGAUUUACGGUGCCGUGUUGGAUGUAGAUAUUUUCCCCUUCUUCCCCCGUUGGUUGCACGUUGCUUGAGUAGAACGUCCUCUCUGUUCUGCAGGUGUGUGGAGGUGAAAUGGACUGGCGCUAUAUUUCAGAGAGUACGAGGGGGAGAGCUUGAGAGAGGGAGUGGAAGACGGGAGAGCCUAGGUAAAAAUAUAAGAAACGGUAUGUGAAAGGGAGGAAUUAAAGAUGGUGUGCAAGAGUGAGAGUUGGCAGCUGUGAGCUGUGGGGUCUAAACGUGAAAUGUAUUUCCUCCUGGCACAAACUCCCAUCAGCCAAUCACCUCAAGCCAUAGCAUUGGCCACACCACUCUACUUGGUCUUCUUAGGUAGAACAGAUGCUGCUGUUUCGGGGGCUGUUGAUUCUUGCUCCGUUUGUAUAUUGGGGUCGUGUGUUUGUGCGCAUGUGAAUAAGAUAUUUAGCUAGUUAGUUGGGAAGGUCUGUUGUAUGUUGUUUGACGCAUUAGCCUUUGCAGUGAGAGCGAUGCACGUUUCACCAUUGGCGACAGUUUAUGCCCGUUUCUCUGUCUCUACCCUGUAUGCCACCUUCACCCAUUCGAACCCGCAGCCAAUCGAUGGAGGUCCUCCAGGGAAAGUGUCUUUUCUUUAUCAUUGCAUUCUCCCAGAGUUAAAAAAAACAAAAACAGAAGACUUGCAGACUAAACUCUAAAGGGGUGUGCUGUCACCGGCCAAUGAAAAGGCUUGGCUUGAGCAGAAACUCAGCGAUUGGCUGAAACGUGUGGGCCUAUUUCAGCGCAUAUAAACACUAGCUCCACCCCUUCCUGAAACCUCGCUGUGUCAAUCCAACUUGAGAGAGGGAUAUGAAGUGCUCUACAAACUGUGCUUGAUUUGUACUGUGCUGCUUCAUUUAGUUUUUUGGGGGGGGGAUUUGCCAUUGCAUGGCUUUGCCCAGUUUGCCAUGGUUUCCAUAGCCCCUGAGAGAUGGCCAAAUAGGUAUAGUUAUUGGUAGGACUCACCCGUGCAGUGCGUGUUGUAAUCCUUUAAGUCAGUCCGUGACACGCUAACCCCAUCCUCCAUCUCUCCACUCUCUCGUGGGGUCAGAGGUCGAAGGUGGCUUUGAGCGGAGCGAUGCCUCCAUACGCAGGGAGGCUGGCUGUCCUUUGUAUUUGCCUGUUUUUUUUUUCCUGAAUGGAGAGUGAACUGUUUGUAAGUCUUGCAUUUAAAAUAAAAUUAAAGUGGACUGCUGCUUUAAGACACAAA